GCUGGGACCGCAGUGGCGGUGAAGAUGGCAUCUACCAGCCGCUUGGAUGCUCUUCCAAGAGUCAUGUGUCCAAACCAUCCAGAUGCAAUUUUAGUGGAGGAUUACAGAGCUGGUGAUAUGAUCUGUCCAGAAUGUGGCCUCGUUGUAGGUAACCGGGUCAUCGAUGUGGGGUCUGAAUGGAGAACUUUCAGCAAUGAUAAUGCAACAAAAGAUCCAUCCCGAGUUGGAGACUCUCAGAAUCCUCUUCUGAGUGAUGGAGAUUUGUCUACUAUGAUUGGCAAGGGUACAGGAGCUGCAAGUUUUGAUGAAUUUGGCAAUUCUAAGUACCAAAAUCGGAGAACAAUGAGCAGUUCUGAUCGUGCAAUGAUGAAUGCUUUCAAAGAAAUCACUACUAUGGCAGACAGAAUCAACCUCCUUCGGAAUAUAGUUGAUCGAACAAAUAAUUUAUUCAAGCAAGUGUAUGAACAGAAGAGCCUGAAGGGCAGAGCUAAUGAUGCUAUAGCCUCCGCUUGUCUCUAUAUCGCCUGUAGACAAGAAGGGGUUCCUAGGACAUUUAAAGAAAUAUGCGCUGUGUCACGAAUUUCUAAGAAAGAAAUUGGUAGAUUUUUUAAACUUAUUUUGAAGGCUUUAGAGACCAGCGUGGAUUUGAUUACAACUGGGGACUUCAUGUCCAGGUUUUGUUCCAACCUUUGUCUCCCUAAACAAGCGCAGAUGGCAGCUACACAUAUAGCCCAUAAAGUUGUGGGACUGGACUUGGUUCCUGAAAGGAGCCUGAUUUCUGUGGUGGCAGCAGCCAUUUACAUGGCUUCACAAGCAUCAGCUGAGAAGAGGACCCAAAAAGAAAUUGGAGAUAUUGCUGGUGUUGCUGAUGUUACAAUCAGACAGUCCUACAGGCUAAUCUAUCCUCGAGCCCCAGAUCUGUUUCCUACAGACUUCAAAUUUGACACCCCUGUGGACAAACUACCACAGCUGUAAACUGAGGCAGCUAAUGUCAAACUC